CACGCCCCCACGAAAACGUGGAGAUGGAUGUUCGCGGCAGCAUUGUUCAUAAUGGGCAAACCCCAGAAACGAACCAAAUAUCCGUCAGUGCUGAAUGGAUAAACAAAGUGUGGCCUAUCUACGCAGUGUUACACCUCAAUCUUUAAAGAAAGGAUGCCUUGAUAACCUGCAUGUCAAAUGCAGAGAUCAACCAGGGGUGGUGUUGAGUCUUGGCGUUGAAAUUUUCUCAUGGUGAUCUCCACUUUGUUUAUAGGUCGCCUUGACCUAGAAGGGAUUUGAGGCGUCCCGUUAGGCUACAGACAGGUGAGUUCCAGGUUGAAUGUGUUGGGACCGCAUCCUGUCUUUUCUGUUUCUCUAGAUACCGUACGUAUUUCCGUAAAGUUGGGCCACAGAACGUGUCUAAUGGACUGAAUUCAGUGCUAGUCUGUGUCUCAUCUCUCUUUUUCCUUUUAGGGAGUUAAUUUGAUAGCGCCUAUCGAUGGCUGUAACGAAGUCAUCACUGUCGCUGGAGUCCAGUGAGAGUGACUCUGAAGAGUUGCCGACGUUUGCCUUUCUGAAGCAGGAAGCGUCUUCAACGAAGAGGAGGCAGCCUCAGAGGGAGAAGAUUGUUGUGGUUGACACCUCGGAUUCUGAGGCCUCCCGUCCUCCAUCACCAAAGUUGAAAGAUACACCACCUGUCCCAGACAUAGCGGAACCUGUCCCACAAACGGAGCCAGUCAGGGUGCUAAGCAGUGGAAGUGAGGAUGAGGAAGAAUUAAUCCCCCUGGCCCAGAGGCUUACAUGUAAGUUUCUGACCCGCAAGCAGCUGAGCCCUGAGGACGCUAGCUCCCCGAUUCAACCUGUGUGGGGUCAUCGGAGUACUGAAGGAGCAUCGUGCGGCUGGAAAAAACAGUCCUUUCCAAAGGUCCCUGAUGCCUCCUUCCGUGACACCUCAGAGAGACGUUCAUCAAGUAACAGGGACCCUGUGGGAGACCGUCUGUGCCAUCAGCUUCCAGCCUUCCAAGCCACCUGCCCUGUGCAGAGCGACAGCUUGACAGCGACCAAAACAAAUGCUGAAGCCCCCCCACUUCAGAAGAGAACCAAGCAUGGUCAGAAGGUCCAGAGGAGAGGCUCACGGGGAUGCCAGCCGCAGGGACGAGCAAGCCAGAAGGAGAGCACCCUGAGACAACAGGAAAGGCAGAAGAAGGCGGCCCCGGUGAACAGGCUGAAAGCUCAGAGGCCCGAGGAAUGCUUAAGGCACAUCAUUGUGGGGCUGGAUCCAGUGCUCUUACAGAUGGAAGGCGGAGGCCAGCUCCUCGGGGCGCUGCAGUCCAUGGAGUGCCGCUGUGUGAUUGAGGCACAGGCUGUGCCUUGCAGCAUCACCUGGAGGAGAAGGGCCGGGCUAGCUGAGGAUGGAGAGGAAGGCUGGGUGGAGGAACCGAUGGUCCUGGUGCUGCUCCUGGCAGAGGCGUUUGUGUCCAUGGUCUACAAGUUCAAGCAGGGAAGCCUGGGUGACUCUGAGAAAGGGAAGGAAACACUCCGGAGCUUUGUAACUGACACCGCAGCGAGGACAGCUGGGAAGGCUCUGUCCCUGGUGAUUGUGGACCAGGAGAAAUGCUUCAGCUCAGCCUGGAGCUGCUGCUCUUUUAUCCCCCCCCCCCCCCCCGAUUCCAGCGCUCCCCAUCUUCCAAGAAGAAGGAAACGGGGAGUGGCAAACAGAGAACAGGCCAAGGAGAAGAAGCGGACACAACCAGAGGCCAGCGCAGGGCAAAUGGUGUCCAGGGUAGAUGUGGAAGAGGCAUUGGUGGAUCUGCAGCUAUACACCGAAGCCCAGGCCCGAAUCGUGCAGAGCUGGAAAGAGCUGGCCGACUUCGCCUGCGCGUUUACAAAGGCUGUGGCCGAGGCGCCCUUCAAGAAGCUUCGAGAUCAAACCAGUUUCUCUUUCUGCCUGGAGAGUGACUGGGCGGGAGGGGCAAAAGUUGACCGAGCUGGCAGGGGGCUCGCGCUGGUCUGGAGGAGACAGAUUCAGCAGCUGAACAGAGUCAGCCUGGACAUGGCCAGUGCCAUUGUGGACACCUAUCCCUCCCCACAGCGUCUGGUCCAGGCUUACAGGCGGUGUUUUUCGGAGCAAGAGCGCCAGAAUUUGCUUGCGGACAUACAGGUUCGCCGUGGGGAAGGUGUGACCUCCACCUCCCGCCGUGUUGGACCAGAGCUCUCCAGGCGGAUCUACCUUCAGAUGACCACUCUGCAGCCAGCUCUCUCUUUAGACAGUGCAGACUGACGCCAGCCCUCGGGGACAAGGAUGACAAACGAGGUUUGCAUCUCCUCCGCCUUUGGCCACAGGAAGAGACUGGACGCGCCUCCUUGAAGCACAAGCCUGGGUCGGACCACAGGCUGUUCCCUGGGCGCCCUUAUCUGCAGAAGUCUCCCUGUCAGCUUGGGACAGAUGGCUGAGAUACUUGUGUUUACCUUCACAAGCCUUUAAUUUUCCUCUCCUAGCAAAAA